ACAUGUGGUUAAAAAUAAAGUUCAGUUUCCUUCUGUUUCACUCUUUGUCUCUCUAGAGAUUCGAUCAGUGAUUCAUUCUCUCCGACAUCACGAAUGAAGAAGUGAAACAGCGCUGUGUUUCUCUCGCUUACCGUGAUCUCUCCAUCUCUGCCUUUGUUCUCAUCGGUUUUAUCAGCAGUGAUGAACAGGAGGCCGUGUUCUUCUGGAUAUAAAUGGGACUCUCUGAUCAAGUUUUGCGUCUCCCAAAGUUCUGGUCCACUGACGCCAGCAGCGGUUUCUCCGCCGGUCCCGAAGCCGGUGAUGAGCAACAGAGAUCAGCCAGAGUCCUGGUCCUCCAUCAGCCCCAGCACGUGGAUCUGUGUGGGAAUGGUCACGAGCAACUCUGUUCUGGUGCUGCUCCUUUGGUUCAUCAUCUACAGACGCCACAGCAGGACCUCGCAGAGCACAGGUGAAAAGGACUCUGCGCCUCACACCCUGAUAACCAUAGAACAGGAAGAGAAAGCCCUGUCACCUUUGCCUCGCGUCAACGGCCAGAGACAGGAAGUGCCGAUCGACGAGGGACCCUGUGGGCGGAGCCUGUGUAACGGAGGGGCGGAGCACGGGCUGCCACUUCCUGCCACAGAACUGGGAUACUCCGCCCUCGUCACCACCAAAACCGGUCAACCUGUUUAAGCGUGAAGAGUAAUGCGAGCAGCAGAAUUAAUACAGCGGCUAAAUAUCCAACAUGGCAGCUGUGUUCUUCAUGAAUCCAGCUCGUAUUCACAUUCACUUCAAACUAUAGACCUCAUGAAAUCAAAACUGCAGUGGCGUGGAUCUCCGUUCAUGAACCUCAUGUGAAAGGAGAUGCAGAAAUCGGUUCACCAGCACUGGAAUCUGUUGAUCCUCAACAAAACCGUUUUUAAAAAAAUUUGGGAGAUCUCCAGCACACAGAUGAUAUUUGUUCAUUUUUUUCUUUCGCCCCGACUUUGUUCAUUAAUCAGCCAGU